AUGAGCUCAACACCUACAGCACUCAAAGCAUUGGCUGAAGAAUUACACAGACCCAUGAGAAAAAAGUUUGAGAGAAGGAGGGUACGUGUUAAUGGCAUCGAUGAAAUUUGGGCCGCAGAUUUGGUAGACAUGCAGGCAUUCUCGAAAUUUAAUCGCGGCACCAAGUAUCUCCUUGCCGUUAUCGACAUUUUCUCCAAGUACGGUUGGUUAGUGCCAUUAAAAGAUAAAACGGGGAAAUCGGUCGCAGCUGCACUGAAAAAGAUACUCAAGGGGAGGAAACCGAAAAAGAUUUGGGUGGAUAAGGGCAAAGAGUUUUACAAUAAAGACGUGCACAGUUUAGUCGAGUUAUACUCGAUUGAAAACGAGGAAAAAUCGAGUGUGGUGGAGAGAUGGAUCGGAACGAUGAAGGAAAAAAUGUGGAAAUAUUUUUCCUCCAAUUCUACAUCAAUGUGCUCGACGAACUUGUCGAUCAGUACAAUAAUACGACACACUCGUCAACAAAACAUACACCCACCGAAGCCAGAAAGAAGAAAAAUGAAACCCGAGUGUGGAUGA